GGAAAAGAGUGGAGAAAACGAAGAUUGCACCUUUGGUUCUCACGGAUCUCGCCUCGUAAUAACCUCCGUUUCAUACUGAUAAGAGGCUGACUGGUCAGUGUGGAUCAUCACGAUGCCUCGAUUGCUAUGCAGCAGGCUCCACGACCGCAUGUACCUGCCCGAUCCCACUACGCGAUCUUUGCAGAGGUUACAUGUAGCCCUGUCGAUCAUGGGAUAACACGUUGUGAUAUUCCCACUAGUCUCUUGCAUCGCAAGCUAUCUUUCCCUGCAGGACAAUGGUCCCACAGCCCACCCCACCGUACAUACAGUAUUUAAUGAGCAUCUCGUGGCCCCGGAAUCGACAAUGUCAUUACAAUUUACUCUUUCGUUAAAACCCCCGCGAUGCAUCUGCGCUGUGUCUCAUUGUUGACGGCCGUCGCUAGCUUGGCUUUACAGCCUGCUGCUGCUGUACCCCACUCUCCUAGGGGCCAGGAUGCUGGUACAUGCAAGAAGACCACAGUUGCAAUCUUAGGAGGUGGAAUUGCUGGGAUUGCUGCAGCACAAGCAUUGGCUAAUGCCUCGGUGCAUGACUUUGCUAUUCUCGAGUACCGCGAUACCAUUGGUGGCCGUGCCUGGCAUAAACCAUUCGGCAAGGACAAAGAUGGGAAGCCUUAUAUUAUUGAGAUGGGUGCCAAUUGGGUCCAAGGCCUUGGGAACCCCGGUGGUCCUCAGAAUCCUAUAUGGAGCUUGGCCCAAAAAUACCAGCUGAAGACCCAGUACUCUGACUAUGACAAUAUCUCGACUUACAACGAGCAUGGCUACAAGGACUACAGCCACCUCUUGAGCCAGUACGAUGACGCAUAUGAUAUUGCCAAUGCAAAGGCUGGAGAGAUUCUUCUCAACAACCUGCAAGACCUGAGUGCCCAAUCUGGUCUUGCCCUGGCUGGAUGGAACCCCAAGAAGCACGACAUGGAGGCCCAGGCUGUCGAUUGGUGGAAAUGGGAUUUCGAAGAUAACUUUACGCCCUUGGAAAGCUCUCUCGUUUAUGGUUGUGCUGGCGACAACCUAACCGUGAACGGAUUCAGUGACCAUGAUAAUUUUGUCCUUGAUCAACGAGGCUUCAACACAAUCAUUAAAGGCAUGGCUUCCGAGUUCAUGGCAGAAAAUGACCCACGCCUACACCUCAACACAGAGGUUACUGAGAUUCAGUACAGCAAAGACGGCGUGACCAUUCACAACAAGGAUGGAAGCUGUGUGAGCGCUGCAUAUGCCAUCUGUACUUUCUCUCUUGGCGUCCUGCAAAACGACGCGGUUAAAUUUAUCCCCUCUCUGCCCGAAUGGAAACAAAACGCGAUCCAGAAGUUUACUAUGGGAACCUACACCAAGAUCUUCAUGCAAUUCAACGAAACUUUUUGGCCCAAGAACACCCAAUACUUCCUUUACGCCGAUCCCGCUAUGCGAGGCUGGUAUCCCGUUUUCCAAUCCCUCUCAAUGCCCGAGUUCUUCCCAGACAGCAACAUCCUCUUCGUGACCGUCACAAACGAGCUCGCUUGGCGCGCCGAGCGACAAUCAGACGAAAAGACAAAACAAGAAAUUAUGGCCGUUCUCCGGAAAAUGUUCCCAGACCGGGAAAUCCCCGAGCCAACUGCUUUCCUCUAUCCACGCUGGAGCACCGAGCCUUGGUCAUACGGCAGCUACUCAAACUGGCCACCAUCAACAACCCUAGAGAUGCAUGAGAACUUGCGUGCUAAUACAGACCGGCUCUGGUUCGCUGGUGAAGCGACGAGUCCUACGUACUUUGGUUUCCUUCACGGGGCGUGGUUCGAGGGCCGGGAUGCUGGGCAGAAUAUUGCGGCGAUUAUGCAGAACCGUUGCGUCAAUGCUGAGUCGGCCAAGCUCCGCGAGUGUGGUCCCCGGAAACACUGGGAGACUCUGCAUGGAACAACGCCAUUGGCUGAUUAUAGUGCGCUGACCGGGUGGAUGGUAGAUAGCUUCCUCAACACAAACAGCGAGUAGACAGGCAAGGGCCCAGUAUAGAAGUGAGAUACCAGUGAUAGCUUGAGACAACAAUGACAUUGGACUUAUACGAAUG